AUACAUCAUUUGCACUGCAGCACUUUGACUUACCGGCUCUAGUUUUUAGCAAACAGGCAGUUAUCUGUUACUCUUGGCUCUGAAAAUAUGGCUUAAUUCGGAUGUAUGACAAAAACCCACGCACUUUUACUCUGAUAGGUUUUUAUUAUGAUCUGGUCGAAGUUGUUGCUCACUCCAGAACUUAGGUUGCUUUUAUUUUACAUGAAUAUCGGGCAACAAAGCUAGUUAGCCUCCUGCUGCUUCUUGUUGUUGUCAUGGAUGCUGAUUUCCUGCUCGCCAUUCAGCUUCAGGAACAGUUCGACACCGAAUACCAGACUUCCCAGAUCCCACCGGACUGUUUUCUGGAUAAUGACUUCGGACAUAGCAGUAAGAAACAGAAAGUUGAGCUGCAUGGAGGUGGCAGCGGCGCUGUUACCCGCUGGAAUCCGCCGACCGCUCAGCCCGAGAGGCCGCUGAGCAUCGUAGACGAGUCCUGGGAGAUGCUGGACCCCAACCCGGACUUGAGGUCCAUGUUUCUGGAGUUCAACGACAUGUUCUUCUGGGGAAAACUCAAUGGAGUGGAGGUCAAGUGGAGCCCGAGAAUGACUCUGUGUGCCGGUGUGUGUUCUUAUGAAGGCCGAGGCGGACUCUGUUCGAUCCGGCUCAGCGAGCCUCUGCUGAAGCUGAGGCCCAGAAAAGAUCUGGUUGAGACUCUCCUCCAUGAAAUGAUCCACGCGCUCCUGUUUGUGACCCAGAACGAUCGAGACAGAGACGGACACGGACCCGAGUUCUGCAAACACAUGAACAGGAUCAACAAGGCCAGCGGGACCAAAAUCACCAUCUACCACAGCUUCCAUGAUGAAGUCGACGUCUACAGGCAGCACUGGUGGCGAUGCAAUGGGCCCUGCCAGAACCGCAAGCCUUACUUUGGGUAUGUGAAGAGGGCCAUGAACCGGGCCCCGUCCUCUCUGGACCCCUGGUGGGAGGACCACCGGAGGUCAUGCGGUGGGACUUACACUAAGGUCAAAGAGCCUGAAGGAUACGGGAAAAAAACCAAGAAGACCUCAGAGAAGAAGACAGCAGGAAAUGGGAAGCUUUCAGAAACAGUCAAAGCUUCUGGAUCUCAGGACAUCAGGAGCGUCGUCCCUUUCAGUGGGAGAGGCUUCCUGCUGGGAGGGAAGUCCCAAAUCUCCUCCUCUUCCUCUCCAUCUCGCUCGCCAUCAGUGAACUCUUCAUCCAGCUCCAUCUCCUCUCCAGUUCGCUCUGGCUUAUCGGACCAAACCAACUCCAUCUCAAACGCCCGACCCUCUUUCGGAGUAAAACCUCCAGCGAAGAGAUCCGUCGGAAACACCAGAGUGUUCGUCAACGUUAACGGCUCGCCGGUUAAAGUUCCCAAAUCUCAGGGAGAGAGGAUGAAACAAGCUUCCAUUCAGGAUCUGUUCAACAGCGCCACCAUCAGGAACUCAGGAGAAACCACAGAGGCUUCUGCGUCCUCUACAUCCAACUCCAGUUUGCAGCUUUCGCCUCUGAAACCAGCAGCACCCGAAGGCGGCGCUGCAACGCCGGCUCAGUCCAAGUAUUUCAGCGACUCUGGCGUUCAAAAUGGAGGUCAGGCGUCGAGGAAAAGGUCGCGGGACGACCGAAGCAGCUCAGCCAGGAUCUUUGAUUUCUUUGAGAAGACAUUGAGCAGCAGCUCAGCAGCAGCGAGGGAGCCAGGAAAGAUGCCGACGGCGUCUGCCGCCACCUCAACAUCGGUUCACAGCGGGAGCCCCUCCUCUUCUUCAUCUUCCUCCUCUUCCUCCUCUUCAGUGAUGAUGGUCAGCUGUCCUGUCUGCCAGGCUAAAAUUCAGGAGCAAAAAAUUAACGAGCAUCUUGACUCCUGUCUUUCUUGAAUGACUUUUUAAUUAAAAACUCUGAAUUCUGACUUUAUUUUCAUAAUUUAGAUAUUUUUCUCAAAAUUCUGAUUUUCAUUUUCUCAGAAUUUAGAUUUUGUUUUUUUGUUUUCAGAAUUUUGACUUUAAUAUUCUGAAAUCACUUCAGAACUCUGAGAAAAUAGUCAGAAAUCUGAUUUUAUGACAUCUGUCUCAUGAAUCUGAUUUCAAUCUCUGAAAUCUGACUUUAAUCUCACAAUUCAGCCAAAAUUUUUUCACAAGAUUUUGACUUUAACCUCAGAAUGUUUUACUUUUUUUCCCAGAAGAUUUUAACUGCAACCUCAGAAUUUUGACUUUAAUGUUCAGAGAUCAAAAUUCUAAGAAAAAAAGUCUUGAUUCUUUUUUUUGUGUUUUUUGGUGGCCCUAAUUGCCUUCCGUAGAUUUCAGCUUCUUGUUGCCUUUCAGCUUUGAUGCCUUGGGAUGUUUGUUGGUUCUCAUCUUCUCUCCUGUAGAAAUAACGUCAGUGAAGCUGAAUGUUUUACGAUGCAAAUCAGUUCUGCAGAACCAACUCAGGUCUGAGCUCUUUCAGUUUUACUGCCUUCACAAUUAACAAAUAAUUGACGUUUUAAAGAUGGCCGCCGUGUGCAGACCACGGAAAGCUCCUCUGAGGAUUGUGGGGGUUUAUUUGCGCCUCUGCCCUUCACUUUCCAGCUGCGUCAGGAGAAUCAGGUUUCACUGUCGUCGGCUUUUCAUUUCUGCACGUCUUCCUGUUUCCACUGCAGAGGAAAAUGAUCGAUGAUGUUUGUCUCUGAUAUUUCUGCAGGAAAUAAACAGAGAACAGUUUAUUGCUUCACUUUGUAUUUAUAGUCGUUUUGUUUUUAUGUGUGUUUUAAAGACAGUUCUAAUGUAAAGUAUUCUAAGCUUUCCAUUGCCAAAUAAAUCAUUUUAUUGAUUAAACUAAA